AUGUUUAUAGACGAGAAUGAAACGCCGGACUCGUGGUGGGUGUCGGCGGUGCUGCGUACCAUCCGCGCGGUGGCCCUAGUGUUCGAUGUUAUCACCUUCCCCGUGCACCUGCUCAUCCAGCGACCUUGGAGGAAGCGCGCGCUGUCGAGACAGAUCAAGGCUCGCAUCAUAGAAUCAACAUCAAAUAGUAUAACAGUGAGGUCGAUAUCCACCCCGUGCGAGCUGCACCUGCGCCUGGUGCGCGAUGGUGUCACCACGAUGGAGAGCAUGCUGCGCGCCGCCGCCGCCCGCUGGCAGGCGCGCCCCUGCCUCGGCACCAGGACCGUGCUCAGUGAGGAGGACGAGCCACAGCCUAAUGGACGUGUGUUUAAGAAGUACAAAAUGGGCGACUACGUGUGGCGGUCGUACGACGAGGUGGUGUCGGAGGCGCGCGCGUUCGGCGCGGGGCUGCGCGCGCUGGGCUGCGCGCCGCGCCGCAACGUCGUCAUGUUCGCGGAGACGCGCGCCGAGUGGAUGCUGGCGGCGCACGGCUGCUUCACGCAGAGCAUACCCGUGGUCACAAUCUACGCUACACUCGGCGACGAAGCGAUCGCUCACGGCAUCAACGAGACAGAUGUGUCUACAGUCAUCACCACGCACGAACUCUUGCCCAAAUUCAAGAAAAUACUUGCUAAAACACCCAACGUUGACACCAUCAUAUACAUGGAGGAUCCGUUGAAAACCACCUCGAAGGAUGGCUACAAGGACGGCAUCAAAAUUGUUGCAUAUAAAGAAGUUCUGCAAUUGGGAAAACAGUCGAAUAUUGAGGCGGUGCCGCCCCAGCCGGACGACACGGCCAUCGUGAUGUACACGUCGGGGUCGACGGGCGUGCCCAAGGGCGUGGUGCUGUCGCACCGCAACAUGCUGGCCACGCUGCGCGCCUUCGCCGACGCCAUGCCCAUCCGCCGCGGCGACCGCCUCAUGGGCUUCCUGCCGCUCGCGCACGUCUUCGAGCUGCUCGCCGAGAGCCUCUGCAUCGUCGGGGGCGUGCCCAUCGGCUACUCCACGCCGCUGACGAUGCUGGACACCUCCAGCAAGAUCAUGAAGGGCACGAAGGGCGACGCCACCAUCCUGCAGCCCACCUGCAUCACCACCGUGCCUCUGAUCAUGGACCGCAUCAGCAAGGGCAUCACGGACAAGGUGUCGCGCAGCGGCGCGCUGGCCGGCGCCUUCUUCAAGUGGGCCUACGCCUACAAGCAGGGCUGGGCGCGGCGCGGGUACGACACGCCCCUGCUCGACCUGCUCGUGUUCAGGAAGGUGCGGCAGCUGCUGGGCGGGCGCGUGCGGCUCAUGAUCGCGGGCGGCGCGCCGCUGGCGCCCGACACGCACGCGCAGGUGCGCCUGUGCCUGUGCUGCGACGUGGUGGCGGGCUACGGCCUCACCGAGACCACCUCCUGCGCCACCGUCAUGCACCCCAUGGACAGGUCGACGGGUCGCGUGGGCGCGCCCACCACCGGCACCGACAUCAAGCUGGUCAACUGGGAAGAGGGCAACUAUAGAGUCGACAACAAGCCCUACCCACAGGGCGAGGUGGUGAUCGGCGGCGAGUGCGUGGCGGAGGGCUACUACCGCGCCGCCGACAAGACGCGCGCAGACUUCAGCGACGAGGGCGGCCGGCGCUGGUUCCGCUCCGGAGACAUCGCAGAGCUGCAUCCCGACGGCUGCAUCAAGAUCAUAGAUCGCAAGAAGGACCUGGUGAAGCUGCAGGCGGGCGAGUACGUGUCGCUGGGCAAGGUGGAGGCGGAGCUGAAGACGUGCCCGCUGGUGGAGAACAUCUGCGUGCACGGCGACAGCUCGCGCAACUACACGGUGGCGCUGGUGGUGCCGGCGCCGCGCCCGCUGGCCGCGCUGGCGGCGCGCGCCGGGCUCCCGCCGCGGCCCUUCGCCGACACCUGCGCCGACCCCGCCGUCGAGAAGCUCGUGCUCAAGGAGCUCGCCGACCACGCCCGGAAGUGCGGUCUGGAAAAGUUCGAGGUGCCGGCGGCCGUGAAGCUGUGCACGGAGGUGUGGUCGCCCGACAUGGGGCUCGUCACCGCCGCCUUCAAGAUCAAGCGGAAAGACAUACAGGAGCGCUACAAGGUGGACAUCAAGCGCAUGUACGCCUCG